AAAAAACCGACUAAUCUACGUUACAAUAACUGAGGACCUGUAAAUUUCUCCCCUUCACACAAAACGCCUUUGGGUUUUGGUUGUAGACAGAAAAUCAUUUUGGGUGUGGACUGAUAAGAUUCUACUCCCAGCUCUUUACGAAAGACAGUGGUACAACGGCCAGAUAGACCCUGGAAAAUUCGUGGCAGAUCGGCAAAACUUCUUGGUCGGUACAGCACGUCUUCGCCAAGUCAGAAUCAAGCCGGUUUCUUGUAAGCCCCCCAAGGCAAUGGCACCCUACGUGACAGCUUGCCGUGCACCUUACAACUACUUGGACGAGGACCAAGCGGCCUAUGGAGAAGGAUGGCGUGCUCUGAACAAUUCAGCGGACUCAAACUCGCCUAAUGCCUGGGGGUUCCAGAGUGCGAUCGACCUGGCGAGCUAUCCCUUCAUGGGCGAUAAAACUUGGUAUGGUGGCGGCGGCUACGUGGCAGAUCUCGGAAGCUCUGAAGCAACGGCCAGGACAACCAUAGAGCGCCUGUUCCAGGAACGCUGGGUCGAUCUUUUCACCCGCGCCGUGUUUGUGGAGUUUGUACUUUAUAAUGCUAACAAGAACGUCUUCAUUGUGUCGCAGAUUGUGAUCGAGUUUCUAGAGACUGGAGGUGCCUUUCCGAACCCUAGGUUCCACGUUUUCCGUCUAGACCGAUACGUGGGGCCUUUCAUGUACGUGAUCAUGGCCGCUGAAAUACUAACCGCUUGCUUCACGCUGUAUUUCCUUGUCUUGGAGUUCAAGAAGCUGCGUAAUGAGCGGUGCCAGUAUUUUACGGGAUUCUGGAAUGUGGUAGAAGCCAUCCUAGUUAGUCUCAUUUUGGUGACUGUCGUCAUCUUCGUGUACAAGUUGGUUUCUGCAACUCUCUUGAUGGACGAGAUACGAGAAAAUCCAGACACAUUUCACAAUAUGCAGUACGCCGUUUUAUGGGAUGAGCUUUACAGCUUCUUACUGGGAUUCAUCGUAUUCCUUGCGAACCUGAAGUUCCUCAAACUGCUGCGGUUCAACAAGCGAACCUCCAUGCUCGCCGACGUACUCCGCGAGACAGCUAAGCCCUUGGCGUACUUCAUGGCCAUGUUCUGUAUAGUGUUCAUGGGGUUUGUCAGCUGUGCCUAUCUCCUAUUUAGUUCAAAGCUGCUGAACUACAUGAACGUCGUCAGUGUUGCUGAGACACUGUUGGUAAUGGUUUUGAACAAAUUCGACUACUCAGCCGUUGCAGAGGCAGAUGGAACCCUUGGGCCCAUCUUCUUUCUAUGUUACGUUGUCAUGGUAUCCUUCAUCCUGAUCAACAUGUUCCUGUCAAUAAUCAUGGAAGCGUUCACAAUGGUGCGGCAGGACCUAGACCGGCAGUCGAACGACUAUGAAAUAGUUCAGUUCAUGGUACAAAGGCUCAAGGCGUUCAUUGGGGUCGGAGGGGAGAGGGCCAACCAAAACACUGUGAAUUCAGUCUAUUAUGAAGAAGUUGCAGGCAGCGGUUACCGCAGUGAGAACGCAGAGGAACUGAACCAGAAGCUGGAGAGCCUUCUGGGUCACUUGACUGGAAUUUUCUACACUGACACCCAAUCAAAGGAAGUUUUGAAAACCGGACCAGAAAAGAAGAAAAAGAAACAAUUGUUCAGCUCUGAUUAAAGUAGACGUUUCGCAUACAAGUGUGUUAUGGACAUCAUGGUAGAUAGUGGGAAGGGUUAAAAGGCAUUACAUUACACCAAAAGUGUUCUUAUCACCUUUAAAGGAUAACUUGAAAGUCAAAAUUAUGCUACCGUGAGUACGUAUAUAUUGACCCUAUUAGCACUGUUUAAGAAUGAUUCAUUGGCAGUUUUUUUCCCCUUAAUGUUGUCCAAAAAAAUGUUGACGGGAUCCAACUCAGAUUGACCAUGUACUAGUAUAUGUAAUAUGCUGGAUUUAUUUUGAUUUUUUUCUCAUUUCUUAAUGUGUUUAUCUGCAUAAAGUGGAGUUAUUUGCAAUGGUAUAUAUUUUCAUUUUGGAAUGAAUAUUGUGCUGAAAAUACAUGGGUGAAAGUUGUAAAAACAGAAAAUCCUGAAAACAUAGUUGCAAUUUCUCACUGCAUUUAGACCAAACCAACAUGAAGACUGAAAUCAGCCAGGCAUAAUCCUGAAAACUUUCACCCAUGUAAAUACUGAUGAAUUUGAAAACCUUAUUGUUUCUAUAUAAUCAAUGACAAAUGUAUAAAAACCAAGACUAUCUAUUCUAUGUAAGAUAAUGUGAUAAUGUAGAAACUUGAAGUGUGCAAUCUGCCAGUAUUCUAGUAAUAAACUUUCUAUCUGCAAUUAUACAAUUUUUGCUUCACUUACAGAAUUACAAAAACUUUUAGUCCUU